UUGCCCCAGCCAGCGCCCGCGGCCGCUCUCGGCGAACACCAGCGCCAGCAGCGUAUGGACACGAAGAAGCCUCGCGGCCGAGACCUCACGGGGCCAUAUGUCCGCAAGAACCCUUUGCCAAAGGAGGGCGUCAAGAGCAAGCCGUUCAUCGUCGACUCUGACGUCGAGGACGACUUCGGGCAGCCUGCGGCGGAGCACGGGGAGUUCUAUAUCUUCGAUGAGCCGAUCCCGGCAUUCUGGCCUGCCAGUGACACGGAAGGCAGCUUGUUCGCCUUGUUUGCCUGUUCUCCAUUCGAGUCCAACGGCCGCCCGAGCGGCACCAUGCGUCUCUCGGACAUUGCGAUGGGUUUGUAGCCUGGAGCGGAGGAAGGGUCAGGCUCGGAGUGGGAUCAGUGCUCAUACUUACCUGCUUGGAGGCUGGCGUGAGCGUAUUCGUAGUUAUUGUGCUCGCAUUGCGUAUUGUAUUCACAAUUAAUUGGAAUCCUUGAGCGAUGUUGGGUCCUGCGUCCGU